GAUUGUUUUCGGGCCUACCAAAAUGAAUAAUGAUCUGUUUUGUUUAUUAUGAUGCUGCAAAAAUUAUCAGUACCACAGUAUUUACUCGAGUUUAUCGCGAUGUAACGAAACAAAUGGUCUGAAUAAAUAAUGGGCGUGGAAAAAGAUGCUUUCGAUUGUGAUAAUUCCAAUAAGGAAGAAGACAUUUUAGUGCAGGAGGUAAUCAGUUUAACAAUAGUCGGUGACCGGAGAGAAGAUAUCGCCUUGAAAUGGAAAGACAGCCUGAAACAAAUUGCAGCAUGCAGCAUAGCGAACACGAUAGUGAUACAAGCGGGAAUAAAUAUGGCUUUCAGUGCAGUGCUACUGCCCCAAUUGCACGAAACCAAAAGUGAUAUAGACAUAUCGAAGUCACAAGGCUCAUGGAUUGCGAGCAUUGUGACCAUAGCUUUACCACUGGGAGCACUAGUUAUUGGGCCAUUGAUGGAUAGGUAUGGAAGGAAGAAUAUGUGUAUGCUGGCUAAUAUUCCCUUUUCACUCUCAUGGCUCUUACAUUAUUAUGCGACGAAUGUGUGGUACAUUUAUAUAGCUAGAAUAGUUGCUGGCUUCAGUGGAGGUUUAACGACCGUUGCGUUAGUGUAUGUCAGUGAAGUGUCACAUCCCCAGUUGAGGCCAAUGCUACUUAGUAUGAACAGUGUGUUCGUCACUUUUGGAAUACUGCUGACGUGUAUUUUAGGUUUAUGGUUCAAGUGGCGUACAAUGGCUUUAAUUUAUUUCGUCCUUGCUGUUACUAUCUCAUGUGCCACAUUAAUUUUGCCUGAAAGUCCUCAUUGGUUAACGGUCUUCAAAAAUGAUCCCCAGGGCACGGCAAAAUCAUUGAGUUGGAUAUAUAGCAACAAUUUGAUCUUCGAACAUGAAUUCAAUAGGAUAUCAAACUCAAAAAAUCAUCUAACGAGAUCCGUGAGCGAUGAAGACGAUGAAAAAUCCACCCUGCUCAGGUUGAGAAGAAAGUUCAACGUAUACAAAGAACCGAUAGUCUAUAAACCCGCUAUCAUCCUCACCAUAAUCUUCGUCUUUCAACAAUUAUCAGGAGCAUAUGCCAUAAUUUUCUAUGCCGUGGACCUGUUUCGUGAAAUCGGUGGACACUUCAGGAACGGAAUCGACGAAUACGUUGCAUUGGCGCUCUUGGGAACAAUCCGAUUCAUCAUGUCGAUCCUAUCGGCUCUGAUUUCGAAGCGUGUAGGCCGAAGACCGCUGAUGUUUAUUUCUAGUUUGGGAAUGUGUCUUACCAGCCUCAUGGCUGGACUCUACAUGUAUUUGACCCUAGUGCCACAAGAGGAAUACGAGAAGUUGAACAUCACAAAAGACAUAUCUCACAACAAUGUUACUUUGUAUUGUGUGCUGGGCUACGUGUGUUUCAGUUCUUUGGGGUUUUUGGUGAUUCCCUGGACACUAAUAGGGGAAUUGAUUCCAGUUAAAGUUAGGGGAAAGUUAGGUGGUCUGAUGGUGUCUACCGCGUAUACUCUGAUGUUUGUAGUUGUUAAAGUGUUUCCUUUCUUAUUGGAUUUGAUAAGCUUGCAAUAUUUGUUUUAUAUCAUGUCUCUGACAAAUUUAUUCGGAUUUGCGUUUAUGUACGUUUUUCUACCUGAAACGUUGGGAAAAACAUUUACUCAAAUUGAAAAACAUUUUGUUUCAAGAACUUAGGAUUGCCUAAUUAAUUGUGAUUAUAUGUUUAUAUUAUUGUU